CCGCUGGUUGGCGGCGGGGGGACACGUGAGCGGGGAGGCGGCGGCGGCAGCGGCGGCAGCGGGAGUUUCCCCGACAGCUGGAGGUUGCGGCGGCGGCUCCUCCUCCCCGGGUCCCCGCUGGAGCCCAGAGACCCCCCGCGCUCCUCCUUAUUGACAAACGCACAAAGGGCCGCGCCGGGGCCGGGCCGGGGACGCGUCUGGAGCCGGCAUGGGAGACAAGAAGAGCCCGACCAGGCCGAAGCGGCAGCCGAAACCCUCCUCGGACGAGGGGUACUGGGACUGCAGCGUCUGCACCUUCCGCAACAGCGCCGAGGCCUUCAAGUGCUUGAUGUGCGACGUGAGGAAGGGCACCUCCACACGGAAACCUCGACCUGUCUCUCAGCUGGUUGCACAACAGGUUCCUCAGCAAUUUGUGCCCCCUACACAAUCAAAAAAAGAGAAAAAAGACAAAGUAGAAAAGGAAAAAAGUGAAAAGGAAACGACAAGCAAAAAGAACAGUCAUAAGAAAACCAGGCCAAGGUUGAAAAAUGUGGAUCGAAGUAGCGCUCAGCAUUUGGAAGUUACCGUUGGAGAUCUGACAGUCAUAAUUACAGACUUUAAGGAGAAAACUAAGUCACCACCUACUUCCAGUGCUGCUUCUGCAGAUCAACACAGUCAGAGUGGUUCUAGCUCUGACAACACAGAGAGGGGAAUGUCCAGGUCAUCUUCACCCAGAGGAGAAGCAUCAUCACUGAAUGGAGAAUCUCAUUAAAGUUUAUUUCCUCCAGUUUCUUUAAUCUCUUCAAAACAUGCAAAUACAUAACUUCUGUCACCUGUUACCACAUUUUCAUGACAGAUUAGUCAUGCAUAAUUGAUAUGUUGAUGAGGAUAUAAUGCAGUUUAAAAUAAAAAAAAAAAAAGUAAAAAAGUGCAGUGGUAGAAGCAAGUAACAAUAUGAAGCUGAGUCAAGGAAGGCUUAGAUACCACAAAAGGUUUCUCACCUAGAGGGAGUUUGAGCACUGGAACAAGCUUCCCAGGGGAGUGGUCACAGCACCAAGCCUGACAGAGUUCAAAYACUGUUCGGACAACACUCUCAGGCACGUGGUGUAACUCUUGGGGAUGUCCUGUGCCRGGCCAGGAUUUGGACUCAAUGGUCCUUCUGGAUCCCUUCYAACUCAGCUUAUUCUGUGAUUCUGUAAGAAUUUAAAUUCAAUCUACAAAUGCUUAUGAAGCAUCUUCCGACCAACGUUUUAAUCUUCAUGUGUAAGAGUGCCAUGAAAAUGUGGUUUGAAUGUUCAUUAUGCAGUGUUAUUGGUAUGUCCAUUUUCACUUUUAGUUUAGUGAAUUCUAACACAACUCUUGGAGUCUCUACUAUUGGCAUGUACUGAAUUUAAAUUUUCAUAACAUAGUUCAAGCUGCCUAAAUAUGUAUUAUUUGAGAAUUGUGAARCAUAGUUAUAUGUAUGCAAGUCAAAGAUCAACUUAAUCAACUAUUGCUGCAACAGAAUUUUCAUAAUAAUUAUCUUCUUAAAAACACCUGCUGGUACUUGGUGUGGUUAAAUAGGAAAAAUGUUAUUAAAGAAAACAUUUGUAUGGAUUUUUGCCAAUGUUUAACACAUUUUACUAGAUUACUGUUACUGAAUUAUGUUGAUGGUUUUACCAAUAUUUUUUGACACUUAAAACACUUAUUGUAAUGUUUACAAGCAAAAUAGAAAACACGUUCUAAGCAUUGAUUAGUUAACUUUGCAAUUCAGGUAAAGUACUGCAUUGUCGCUGUACACUGGUAUUCUGUGUUGUGUAACAAAUACUGAACCUCGUGAUGCAUUUGGCAAAAACUAUUUGGAAAUAUAGAAGUUUAGAAAAGCUUUAAAAAGAACAGAACUGCAGUUCUCAUUUCUGCUUAGUGCUGUUUUCUUGCCCCAGAUUUCUCUAGUGUCAUAUAGUCACUUACAAUUUCAGUACAGGAAUAUCAGAUGUUGCACAAGAAUAAGGAAAUAACAGUUCUAUUUUUUUUUUUGGUUCCUGAAUCAAGUUCUUUGAUGUUGAUUGGCCUAUUAGAAUAUAUUAUGUCAUAAAUAAUUUGAAAAAGACUCAGUAUCCUAUUUUAUGGCAUAAACUGUCAACAUUUAUGCACUUAGCAAUAUACUGAUACAGAGCAGAACUAUUUACAAUACCAUCUGGUAUUAUGUAAAAUUACCAAUAAAAUAUUUUUGUGAAUACA